UACACAAUUCAUCGUUUCUAUAUUAAUUAUGAUGGAGACCGUUGAGUGUUCCGCUAUUUGUUGACAUUGGUCUUCAGAGGACUUGGCUCUUCUUUACAGAUUCUAAUAACAGAUCGGUAAUCAUUGAAUAUCAUAAUUGAUUUGUGGAUCAUAUUCUUGGAAGUUCAAAGAUAAAAUUACACCCCCGAGUGUUGUGACUGAUAUUCAUUCUAAGGUAGAGGAAAUUAAUUACUUUGAGGUAUCUUUGUAAUUUAUCGAAAGUAAACAAUUCACCAACCUGCUCCUAUUAUACUUACGAUAAUGUACUAAUAUCAAUCACUAAUGGAACCAGUGAAUGACAAACCCUGUCAAUAAAUCAGGUGGAAAAUUAAAAUUUCAAAAUGGGAAAAGAUUUUUUUGAAAACACUACUGUGUUUACUUUUCUGUCGGAAUUUGACCAAGUUUGGCCUGGACAAAUAGUAAUAGAAGUGAUUAUACUUGUUAUAAUAAUGAUAGCAGCAUUUACAGGAAAUAUUAUGGUAAUUGUUGCAGUAUACAGGCGUAAAAAAAUGCGGAACGUCACGAACUUUUUCAUUUCAAACUUGGCUGUAGCUGACCUUCUUUUUGCAUCUUGGAUACCAUUCAUCGCCACGACAAGAGUUACACGUGACUGGAUAUUCGGUGACGAGAUUUGUAAGCUGGUAACCUUCAUGCAGUUCUUGUCUGGGAUUAGCUCAAUCUUGACUAUGAUGUUGAUCAGUAUCGAGCGGUACACAUGCAUAAUGUAUUCUCCUAAUCGAAAGAUGACCGUCAAGAUAUCUCUGUUUUGUAUUGUCCUUGUAUGGAUAUUGUCCGCAUGUUUUCCAAUACCAGUUGCUUUUGCUCAGUCAAAAAUGUCAACAACUAUAAAAGGCGCUAGUAAAACUUUUUGUGGAAUAGUAUGGCCACGUGGUUUCCACAUCGAUGCAUAUUUAGCCUCUAUGGGAGUUCUGUUUUUCCUCAUUCCUUUGCUUGUUAUAACAAUGAAUUAUUAUAAAAUUUAUAGAUUAGUUAAAAGGUCAGCAACUGCUGCUUGUCAACACAGAAGUGAAUCGUCAUCUAGAAAACAAAUACGGUUAGUGAAAAUGUUUGCCGCCAUUGUAUGUGUGUUCGUAAUAAUGUGGUUACCGUUCUUUGUAUUAAGUUUUCUUGCUGUAAAUUAUAAUCAAAUAACAUCGAGUCAGUUUACGGUCACAAUUAUUAUAGCUUUAUUGAACACAUGUCAAAAUCCUAUUAUAUAUGGAUAUUUUAAUUUAAAAUUUAGAAAGGAAUUCAAAGAUAUGUGUAAAUGUUGCACUGAAGAUGUAUGUACUAAUGGCAGAAGGCUGACAUAUACUGUUCAAACUGGUAUUACUAUAUCAAACCAAGGAACAAGCCAAACAUAAUAGACAAUGUAUUGUUAAAACUGGUAUUGAUAUAUGACCAAGUACAAAGCAAGGAAAAAUUCGCACAUAAAUGACAUAUAUACUGUUCAAGCUGGUGGUUCUAUGUUAAACCAAGGAACAAGCCAAACAUAGAAUGGCAUAUAUUGCAAAAAUAUGUAUUGAUAUGGCUAUGUCAAAGCAAGGAACAAGUCGCGCUUCGAUGACAAAAACUUUUCGAACUAGUAUUAAAAGAACUAUGCUAAAACAAAGGAGACAGCCACAUCAUGUUGUUACAGGUGGCAUUGAUAGAACUAUUUCAAACCAAGGAACAAGCCAAACAUAAAUGGAACUGAUAUUUUAACAUUUAAAAAUGUGAUUACAUGUAUAUGUAUAUAUGCUCGCAAUGUGGAAUAUACGUUAAAUAUCUUUUAAAAUAUCAUAGGAAAAAUAUUUAUUUCCAAGUAAUAAGAAUUUGUUUCUUAUUUUAUUGUAUACAAUGACCUCCGCUGUCAUAAACAACUAAUAUUUAAGGGUUUUGACUUUUGAGAUAUGUAUAUGAAUUCCAACACACAGUGAUGACUCAGA